CAUUUGAGCUUUUGUUGUCUUGUUCUAAUAAUGGCAUCACUGGCACUGAGAAGUAGCAUCAGGAGUUUAAAGCUUCACUCUUUGCUCAAUAAAAAUCUUGACCAAAAUACAACCAAUGAAGUAUAUGAACUUUGGCAUCAAAAUAUAGAUAGAAGGAACAGCUACAGAGAUUUCCUAAAACUUCAUAAUUCAUUUGAUUGCACUCUGAUAAUUCAAGAUGACAAAAAGAUAUGUGCCAUGAUGUGUUAUAGCAGUUUACCAACAGAUCUUGUGCACAAUUCAAGAAAAAUCCACAUAUUGACACCUGGAGCUGCAUACAUACUACCAGAGUAUCAAAGGAGAGGGAUUCUUCACAAAUUUUUCCUGCACAUGACAAUCAGAGAGAAGCUCCUGCGUCCAUUCACACCAUUAUACAUGACAGCUAACUUCCUAACUUACAAGUAUUAUCCAGCUUUUCUUCGUUUUUCAGAGCAUGCAUAUCCACGCUAUGACAGGCCAACCCCUGACACUGAGAAAAGAAUCAUGGAGUACUAUGCUCUGCACUAUCUUAAUUGUAGUGACACUUAUGAUCCUGAAAGAGGUGUAGUCCAAUUACCACAGGCUGUUAAGAAAGAGGUUGGAGCUAUUGAUGAAAAACAUUUAAAAAAUCCACAUGUCAAGUAUUAUGCUGAGAGGACUAACUGGGAAAAGGGUGAAGCACUGCUUGGGGUUGCUAAUGUUUCAUGGAAGGUUAUAGCUUCAAUAUACAAUAACUGGAAAUAAACUAUAGCUAAAGACAUUACUAUUCUUAAUAAAGUUAUU